AGUAAAUUAGCGAAUAAUGUUCUCCUGCGCGGGAGGAUUAGGCGCGUUCCAUCUGCCACGGGUAAUCCACAUUGCCCGUUAACCUUGGCCUUCGGUUGUGUGCGUGCGUAUAGCUAGUGCAUUCAAACUACAUAGCAUACGGCAGAAAAUUAGGGUUGAGCACUACUUGAGCGAAAAAUAGUAAGUCACAUUUUAUCCGUCGAGGCCAUGUACUUCCAUACAAUAAAAUAAUGGCUGUAAACUCUUAUAUAACAGACACCGAAACGGGAGUAGAUUCAUUACGCUAUCAACCAAUCAAUUAUUUCAUCGGUGUAUAGCUCUAUCGGUUCAUUUUUCACUUUUCAAAAUCUUCACAAUCAUGGCGGCCUUUUGUGUGCUCUAUUGUGUGAUGUUUACUGUAUUGGUUCUCAUGGCAACGGAGAUCAAGUGCGCAAGUAAUACAACAGCAGGUGUUGACAUGAUAUUCAUUGCUGAUACGGGUCACAAGAAGGUGCUAGCUGCUACCUUGGGUGCUUACCGGUUCCGCUCAUUGGUGCUUGCGGACAUCGAGGUUUGGGACGUGACUUUCAGCGAGGUCAAUCAAAAGCUUUACUGGGCCAGCAAACACAAUGGACAUAUCUACCAAGCUAACGCCGACGGGUCCGGUGUCAAACAGGUGUCAAGUACAUCCCAUACAGAACCAACAUCGCUUUCGAUCGACGAAACCAACCAGCAGAUUUACGUGGCUUACAAAGGCGAGGAGCUGAUCAGUAGCUUUAACCUCAACGGGACAGUAGUGAGGGAGACACCAGUGCACCCUGCUCUCAGUAAACCAGGGGCCAUUCAUGUUGAUUCAGAGAACGGGUAUCUGUACUUCACCCAGUUCGGACGGGUGGACCGAUCACCGCUCUCCGGUGGGAAUAUCACCAACCUCCAUUACAACAACGAUCUUGGUGAAAUCGAGGCAAUGGCCGUCGAUGUCGAAGGUCAGCGUAUCGUGAUCAGUGAUCCCGGCAAUGGCCUAGUCGUCAGUAUGAACCUCGACGGCUCCCUACCAAAGGUCAUCAGCAGCCUAUCCUCCAACUACAAGAUCACAGACCUACAGUUCUACCAGGGCGACCUCUACGUUAGCAACGUCGAACGCGAGCAGCGGUCCAUUUUGAAGCUAAGAAACGGAGUGGGGAGACCGGUGAAAGCCUAUACGGACAACCGAGACGUACUCAGCUAUCCAAGGAAGUUCCACAUCGCACAUGUAGACCUCUAGAUGUAUUCGUGGAUAGCCCCACGGUUGUAUUUAUUCAGGCAUUUUCGUCUGUCUUGAUGUUUUUAAAUAAAGCAGAUCUCUUGCGCCAUUCAAAUAGCCCGUAGCACACGAAGCGUCUUUUCGAUUGCGUCAUUGCUUGAGAACAUGGUUACGGCAAACACCCAAUCACAAGUAAUUCAAAGCAUUGUUUUAAGUCUUUAUUUUGUGUCCAAUUUUGUUACGAGUUCACUCUUAGAUUGCACGUCAAUGGCAACGUCUGCGCUGACUCUUGUUCAUCAUUACUGUAUUGCAUUUUAAAUGCAUAUUUAGGGUUUUGUGGAAAAGACUCAUCAGGUAUACAUCCACCCAGUCUCCAGACUGACGUAAUAUACCCCUCUCAUAAAGAAUACACAUCCAGCUAUCCAAAAACACCUCUCAUCUCCACACCCAUAUACUUUGGGAAAACGGAGCCACGUCCGGGCCUCUAAACUACAAGCCAAAUAGAAACCACUUGCAGUAGUCAGGAUGGCAAACUCUUCGUCAGAUGACGGUGAUAGAGACAAGGGACAGGCCAGCCCUCCAGCAUCUAGGACCCGUUCUAAGAUUUUUUAAUCUAAUUCUUCAUAAAUGUCCUGUUAUCAUGUUUACUCAGCAAUAGUGACAUACACAAUGCUUGACAUAUAUGUACUACAGUAUGAUGAAGUCAACAAAGAAAUAAGUCUAUAUAUUUUUAGGAAUAAUGCAUUAUACCACCACUCAAUUUGGGUUUACUGUCUCUUUCUUUCUUUCAAAAUCUUUCUGAAUUUUAAUUGUUGAACAAUACGUUGAUGUCAGUUGAUAUAUGAUUAUUGGACCUGUGAAGUCCCAUGUACCUUAUAAUUAUGUUUAAAUGCGAUUGCUCUUGAGUGUUUUUUUUUCUUCAUAUCUAUGUAUUUAAAGUGCAGUUUUAUUGUACACUGUCGCUCAUAAAGGUGGAAUAUUUUAGUUU